AUGACCGCUGCCCUGCGUCUUUCGACUAUUAUCCGGCGCAAUUUGCACAUAUCCACCAAAAUGGCCAUCCCUCGUGAAGAUAUCGAGUUCAAAGCCUGUGAUGGCACUGUGCUUCGCGGUUGGCUCUAUCCACAAGCUGGAAAGUCACCAUGCGUGAUCAUGACACACGGGUUGGGUGGCGUCCGCCACUACUGGCUCCCAGCUUUUGCGGAUCGCUUUCACAGGGCUGGCUACGCAGUCCUGCUCUAUGACAACCGCAACUGGGGGGAUAGUGAUGGGUUGCCGCGUCAAGAAUCUAACCCGCCCCUUCAACAAGCCGACUAUUAUGACGCGUUUAAUUUUGCAUCAACAUUACCGUGUGUGGAUAGCUCGCGCAUCGUGUACUGGGGCUCAAGCUUUUCGGGGGAAAUGUUCUUGUCUGGCGAGACACGAUCAUUAGCAUUCAAAGAUCGCAUCCCUAUCCUCUUGGAAGAGCGUGCACGUAUUGCAGCGGGCGCUAAACCGGAAAGGAUUCCUUUGAUUGCUGACAGCAUUAAAGAUGCCGAAGAAGGGAAGGCCAACGUCAUGUUUCCCGGGGUCCAUGCUUAUAAGGAGAUGCUAGGUUCAUACACCAGUGGUGGACGAUGGAAUAAUGAUAUCACGGCUCAGACACAGGUUCACAUGCUUGCGUUUGAAGGGCAAGCAAUGAUACAACGCAUCUCGCCAACUCCACUGCUUAUGGUCAUUCCAGGGAAUGACAUCCUUGUGACCACAGCGUCUCAGCUGGCUGCAUUUGGCAAAGCACGAGAACCCAAGGAGAUGCUGUAUCUUGAUGGAGCCGGUCAUUUCGAUAUCUAUACUGGGGAGUGGUUUGAAAAGAAUAUCGCGAAGCAACUUGAAUUCUUAAAGAAACAUGUUGCCACUACUUGA